CCUACCCCAGCCCCGUUUCCUCCCGUACUAGCGGCGGACCGGGCCGGACCGGAGCGGAGCGGCCCCGGGAGCGGUCCCGCCUCGGGGGUGCACUGGCAGGGAUGCCUGGCUGGGAGGUAGGCGACUGAACGGCGGGCAUGGAAGGGAGAGGACCCUACCGCAUCUACGACCCCGGUGGGGGCUCGGAGGAGAAUGGAUCCACGGCCUUUGAGCGGCUGGUGGAGGAGAACACCCGGCUGAAGGAGAAGAUGCAGGGGAUCAAGUCUAUUGGAGAGCUGCUGGAGGAAUCCCAGGUGGAGGCAUCCAAGCUACGGCAGAAAGCAGAGGACCUUGUGAAGGACAACAAAAUGCUGAUGGCAGCAUCUGCCUUGGAGGACCUGGUGGAAACUGGAGCCGUCGGCCCUGAUCCCAGCUCCACACAUGCUGCCCUGGCCAGCGCCCAACCGGACACAGAGGCACGGAAAUCUCCUCCAAGUGGAUCCUCCUCGGAGUUCGAGGUUGUUGCUGUCGAAGCGCAGGGGUUUCCCCAGGAGAGCGGGAGAGCGGACUUGGAGCAGCUGCCAAAUGAGGAUACCAACCUGCUGCCGCAGCUGCAGCAGCUGGAGAGCACGCUGAGCGGCUGCGCCAAGGAGGCCAGCAAGGACCAGGUCUUUGUGCGCAUGGGCUACAUGGCCUCCGAGCUCAAGCGCCUGGCCUCGAAGGUGCACAAGAAUGAGCAGAGAACGUCGUUCCUGCAGGUGAAGCUGGGCUGGAGCUGGCUCCCGCCUGCUGCAGAUGUUUGGCAGGAGUCCAGGGGCAGGAGGCCAGAUGCUUCCAGCCCCCUGGCCGCCAUGCUGCCGCUGCCACCACCCUCCCCAGCUGUCCCAGAGCCACGGGCCGGGGGCUGCUGA